AUGGAUAAUAUUACCGAGUCAAUACGAAACGUCCACUUGGGUGAUGUACCCGAAGAAUCAGAGCAGCUGUUAUUCAGUCCUCAUCCAGAUAGUGGGGUAGCAGAAAGUGUCCUAGAUAACGUUCCUCGUUACCUCUUCCGCGUGGCUACACCCGAAUCUGACGGAAUUACGAAUGAAACAUGGGUUCGAUCGGAAGCGGCCUUGCGGGAUAGAGGCGCUUCCCUGGAAGAUAUUUUCUUCCAUUUGGAUACCAAGAAGCGAACAGAGGUAGCCAAAAUACUCAACCUACAUCUUCAAUGGCAGACAAAGAACGACCUGUUAGACAAUUUUGUCUCAUGGACUAGCUCGCUCCUCUUCGCAAUCCAGUACAUCUAUUACCGGCACCAUAAAGACAACACACCUCUUGAAGACAUCAAGUUGUUCGUCGUCGAUACAACAAUGUUUCCCAGAGGAAUAUUCAUGCGCGAUCUAGAUUUGAUUGAUAUCUUUUGCGAGUCUAACACAAGACUGAACGACUUCCGUUCUCUGCGCAACGGUGGUACCUACUAUUUUGGGGAAUAUUUUUCCCAGGGGUCAUUGAAAAUUGAGGAUAAAUGUCAGUUGAUCCCUGCACAAGUCAUCUUUGAGCAGGAUAGGCUGCGUCGCAUACAGCCUCGUUUCGCUCCUAUAUCGAGCAAAGCCUCGGAAUGGGCUAAACCCGUUGUUCGUCUUCGACGAAAUAUCUAUCUACGACCCAGCCUGGUUUCCCUCACUUCGACAGAAAUGCGUGAUCGCUUGCAGGCCAUUGAGGAAAUUAUGCCCCAUAUUUCCGCUAGCUGGCGAUUCCCUAUUGCUGUAUACUUUGCAGGACUUAUCGGUGCGGAGACGUCACUCAGUGAUCAAGAAGUGGGAGACGACAAUCUGUUUUUUGCAUAUUUCCAUUCCGGUACUUUUGGCUGGCGUCUCGGACACGCCGAAUUCAUUAUUCGCACCUUGCACACCGAAAGCCUCUCUCCCGAGAAUGGACAUGGUUUCGUUGCGCCUGAUUUGAACCCGAUGCUAGCUCGAGCUGGUCAAGAGGUUUUGUCAAAGCUUGGACGGGUAGAGACGAUGUGUAACGAGUUGGCAGAGGUCAUUUCAAUUGUGUAG